AUGAUUGAAUUCGAUGAAGAUAUUGAUAUUGACGAAUGUGUCGAUGGAGAAUAUAUCAAUCUGCAACCAGAAGAUUGGAAAAGGAAAAGUGUGAUCUACAGAAACGCACCUAUUCAACUCAAUCGAUUCGAAGGAUCGAUCGAAAAGUCAUGGGGAACAGUUAUCAGAACUGGAUAUCAUAUCCUAAGACGAGAUGCAAUCAUUGCCUCGAUAGGAAUAGAGACCGGUAGAUUCGGAUGGUUUCAUAUUCAAUCGGAUAAUGAAGAUCCUGAAGUUCAGAUGAUGUCACAUUACAGAGCUUUUGGACUUGAAUGA